UCAAAGAUGACUGGAGAGUUGUAGAGCGGCUAAAUAAUCUAAGCGAACAAUGGAAAGAAUUGGAUGCAGAAGCAAAUGCAAGAAAAGAAGAACUUCAGCGUUUAGUUUCAGGACGAAAAAACCGAGAUCGAUCAGGAUCAAUACCAACUUCCCAGGCUCGACCAUCCUCACCAGUACGUGAUAAUAGUACACGUAUAAGGAAUGCAGUUACACCAAGAAAUUCAAACUCAGCACUUCAAAAUCCUCGAUCACCAUCUCCAAUGACAUCUCAUACAUCAUAUACAAAUGCCCAAUCUUCUUCUCGUAAUGGUAUACGAAAUACACGGACAGCAAGUCCGACAAGACAAUCACCAAGUCCAACCCCUGGAAAUCAAAGUUCACUGCGUCGUCCUCUAUUACCACACACAGUCAAUAAUUAUAUACCAAAAUCAAAUGAUCCACUUGACGUCGAAGUUGCUCGAAUAGUAAACACUUGUCCUGUAAAGAUAAAGGUCACGUUGGUUGAGGGAGAAGAGGGAAAAUAUUUGUUUGGUGAAGUUGAACCAAAACUUUGUUAUUGCCGAAUUCUUAGAAGUCGAAUGGUUAUGGUUCGAGUCGGUGGUGGAUGGGCUGAAUUAUCAAAUUUAUCCCCGAAGCCCGAUCUUUUGUCGGACUUGACGAAACAAGCCCGAACGGUAGUUAAACCUCGCCUAGUCCCAGUUUCCAUGAGGCGAACAUCCGCCUCGUGCCGCAGGGACCAAGACUCCGAAUCGAAGGAGAAAAAGACGGCGGCCCUUGGCGGUAAGAAACCUGUUCACCCGUAA